CAUCUUCCAUGCAACUAUAAAUUUACCCACAGUGCCCAGAGGUACCAAUAUCCCAAAGACUUCGUUCUUAUCAGGCCUUUGCGUUUCCUCGUUCUCAUUUCCGGUCUAGCUCCCAACAAAUCUUUGAACGCAAACAGAAUGGACGAAGAAUUCAGGCGGCUAAAUGCGCUUAUUACCCACACGCCCGAUCCAACCUCUGACCUCCAUAAGAAGUGCAACGCCACUUCUACUACAACUUCCACGCCCGCUUCUGCCACCACGACCACCACGAACAAGAGGUCCUUGAGAGAGGCCGGUGGCACAAUGAGAUAUCGCGGAGUUCGCCGCAGGCCAUGGGGCCGUUAUGCAGCCGAGAUCAGAGACCCACAGUCGAAGGAGCGCCGAUGGCUAGGCACGUUCGACACGGCUGAAGAAGCUGCUUGCGCCUACGACUGCGCCGCUAGAGCAAUGCGUGGUCUCAAGGCCCGAACCAACUUCGUGUACUCGACUCCGCCGCCUACGUCUGCCACCGACCACCUCCUUACUCCUUUCAACUACCCCAAACAAUCUCCGCCGUCAAUCAAGACCCCACAUGGUCGUCAGUUUGGUUCAGCUCCAGGUUGGUCACCUCUCUCAAACCCUCGUGAUACCGAUAGCCUUGCUGGGUCCGCACCACAGAGACAUGGUUCUCUGAAUACGUUUCUCCUUCGUGAUUUGCUUAAUUCCUCUACGAACCCAUCCUUGGUAUCUUCCCCUCAGGCUCCUGACAACCAUUUCUCGUACAUCGAUGGUUCUUCGUCUUCUACAAGUGCCUUCUCGGGAUGUUCUUUGUUGAAUCCAUCUUGUAAUUCUGACGUUUCUGACAUGACUUACGUAGGACCUUCUUCCAUGAGUAUUCCACUCAUUGACAACAAUCUGAGUUAUAACACUACAGGGGGUUCGAAUAGAGUAACCACUCCAAGAAUUGACGACUCUGAGUUCUUUCCUACCGAGUCCUCGGAUUCGGGCCUGUUGGAUGCGGUUAUUCAUAGGUUCUUUCCAAAACCAUCGUCCAAGAAGUAUGACUGUCCAAAAACCCAGACUUGCACCGUCGAGACAACUCCGACGCAGAUCGAUGGUGUAUCUUUUCCGCAGUCAUUGGAUGCAAUGAGGAAGGGGAUGAAGAACGAGAAUUUUGGCUCCCCUUUUGAUCAGUACCAGGGGGUUUCACAGCCGUUCGAGAAUCUCAACGGUAUCAAAACUGAGGCUUUAGGUCCUCGACCAUCGAUGCCUUUCAGUUACGAGAUGCCUUCAGUGAACCUUCAGGUAGCGGGGACGGAAUUUAUGCUGGAUGACUUUUUGCAGUACCCGGAACUGUUUAGCGCUUUUGCGGCUAGGGUGCAGAAUGCUUGAGUUCUUUGGGAAGACUUUUUUAGUUGUUUAUGUCUUGAAGAAAUCUAAGUACCUGUGUUUUUGUUUUCAAUUAUAGUAACCGGACGCCGAUCUUAGUGUUUUUGGAAGGGCGGAAGAUAAAAGAUUGUGGAACAUGAUAUCUACUUCGAAUGAAGAAUUUAUAUUUGAUGUU